AACCCGUUAAACCCAUUUCAGUCCAACCCAUCAGCAGGCCACAGGAGGGCGCCUUGCUGUUGCUCUCGCCUUCGCCUGCCUCUCCUCCCGCACUAGCACAGCAGUCAGAGGCCGUGCCCUUGAUGGCCGUGGCGAUGGAUGCCGCCGCCGCCGGAAGGGAGAUGCGGCCUUCGGAUAAAGAGUUCUUCCGCGCUGCGGAGUCUGGCGACGCCGCCGCGUUCGCCUCCCUCGCCCCCGCCGACCUCGCCGCGAUCCUCUCCCUCCGCAACGAGGACGGCCGCUCCCUUCUCCACGUUGCCGCUGCCGCCGGACACCCCCAGGUGGUGCUCGCGCUUGCGGAGGCCGGCGGUGACGCCGCAGCCAGCGUCGUGAACGCGAAGGACGAGGAGGGGUGGGCGCCGAUCCACUCCGCCGCGAGCACCGGCAAUGCCCAGAUCAUCGACAUCCUGCUUGAGCGAGGUGCUGAUGUUGACUUGACUACUGACGGUGGCCGAACUGCUCUUCAUUAUGCCGCAAGUAAAGGGAGGCUUAACAUAGCUGAAAAACUAAUAGCACAUGGUGCAAAUGUCAACAAGAAAGACAAGUUUGGCUGCACACCCCUGCAUAGAGCUGCAAGCACUGGAAAUGCAGAGCUGUCUGAAUUCCUCAUUGAGGAAGGUGCUGAGGUUGAUGCUGUUGACAGGACAGGACAAACACCUCUGAUGAAUGCCGUUAUAUGCGAGAACAAAGGGGUUGCUCUUCUGCUAAUUAGACAUGGUGCUGAUGUUGAUGUUGAGGACAAGGAAGGAUAUACUGUCCUUGGUCGAGCAUCUAGCAGCUUCAGACCCGCACUUGUCGAUGCAGCCAAGGCAAUGCUCGAAGGUUGAUUUUUGUGGUGCUGCUGCUCAAGGGUAAUGGAAAGUGUGUGGGAUGGGAGAAAGCUGUGGUAAAGAGAAGUUUCUUUUGUGUCCCUUCUCUAAGUCGGAACUCUAUCCAGAAUCUGAUUGACCAGCUAGAACUCAUUGCAUCUCUAAGUUUCAUUGAUUUUGGAAUUCUUUAACCUUAUAACAUGUUAAGUACUAUUAACCAUUAGCAAACUUUUGGCUCCCGUAAUAG